AUGCCAGUAUCCUGGAAAAAGCUAUGUCCUUGGCUCGGGGAUAGGCAACACACUAGCCCAGAUGUCUCAGAAACCAAAGAUCCCAAGGUCGAUCUAGUCGAAUCGCAACCCGCAGACUACGAUGCAGUCGCAUUCUCCAAAAUCAGAGCAACAGAGUCGAUGCGCACCUGGAAGGGGAGGUACUUCGUAUAUGCCGGACUCGGCCUGAUCAUGAUUAUCUUCGAACUCGACAACGCAACAGUAGGCACAUACCGAAACUACGCAACCUCGGCUUUCAACCAACUCUCCAUGCUCUCCUCCCUAAACACCGCAACCAGCAUCAUCGGCGCCGUCUUCAAACCCCCCAUCGCCAAGUUCUCAGACGUCCUAGGCCGCGCAGAAGCAUACCUUUUCACCGUCUGCUGCUACGUCAUAUCGUACAUCCUCUGCGCGGCCUCUCAAAACUUCAGUACCUACGCCGGAGGCGUCAUUCUCUACUCCGUCGGACAGUCGGGUAUAACCGUCCUCAACGCAGUAUUAAUAUCAGACCUAUCAUCAAUGCGUUGGCGAGGUUUCGCCUAUAACAUCCUCUACCUCCCCUUCCUCGUCACACCAUGGGUAUCAGCAUUUAUAAUUGACAGCGUCGUCAACGGCAUCGGCUGGCGCUGGGGAAUCGGCAUGUUCGCCAUCCUCAUGCCCUUCUGCGCUAGCCUUAUCAUAAUCACCCUCGCGGUGUUUCAAUCUCGCGCAAAACAAACAGGCCUCAUCCUCAAAGACCGUCUAACACUAUACGAAUUCUGCUCCCGCAUUGACCUCGGCGGAACACUCCUCCUCAGCGGCGGCUUUGCGCUCCUCCUCAUCCCGAUCACUAUCGCUUCGACAACAACCAGCCGCUGGAAAACACCCUGGGUAGACGCCUUGAUCGCCCUAGGCGUGGUCUGCCUAAUAGCUUUGUACCCGUACGAACGGUACAUCGCCAAACACCCCGUCGUACCAGUGCGGUAUUUCCGCGUCCUCGCAAUCGUAACAUCCGUCUGUCUAACAUGUAUCGACAACGUUGGUUUCGGGGUUACACACACUUACCUCUACGCCUGGUCAACAGUGUCAAGGGGGUUCUCCGCGCGCGACGCCCAAUUCCUAACCUACACGAAUGGCAUCAUGCAAGCGCUCACAGGGAUGAUAGUCGGGCUUGUUAUUUACCGUUUCCGCACGUAUAAAUGGAUCCUCGUCGCCGGCGCUGUAAUCCGGCUGAUCGGCUACGGGGUGAUGAUCCGGUUGCGCACAAACGAUAGUUCCAUCGCGGAGCUCUUCAUUGUACAAUUAGUGCAGGGAUUGGGAAGUGGGAUCAUCGAGACGAUUGUUAUUGUGGCGUCGCAGAUUGUUGUCCCGCAUAAGGAGCUUGCGCAGGUUACAUCGUUGCUUAUGUUGAGUGCGUUUCUGGGGAAUGGGAUUGGGUCUGCUAUUGCUGGUGGUAUAUACACUGAUACGCUGAAGAACCGGCUACGAGAGCGACUGGGAGAGGGGGUUGGGGAGGGGAAGUUGGAGGAAUUGUAUAAUUCGAUUACGGGGGUAUUGCCGGCGUGGGGAUCGACGGAACGGGGGGCAGUGAAUAGGGCUUAUUCGGAUGUUAUGGGGUAUAUGACGAUUGCUGCGCUUGGGAUUGCGGUUCCGGUGGUGAUACUAGCAUUGUUCGUUCCGAACAAUAGACUUGGCGACGGCCACAACCUCGUCCAAGACUGGUCAACAAACACCACAGCCACAGAAGAAACAGAAAACGAAAACGAAAAAUCAAAAGAAACACAAUGA